CAAGGCCCACGGUCCAAGUUUCCAGGUCGCUCCAGGCCGGUCUCCGUUUCUGUUGGUCCAGCCCUGCCCGGGACAUCCUUGGACCAUGCCAGAUGGUCACAUGGUCGUGCGGGAGCAUGGCAGCCAUCACGAGUCAAGUGCCCCCUUUCACCAUGCGACGCUGCGGAAGGCUUACCUGUCCAAGGACAGCUUGCAGAUUGACAUGGAGAUCAAGUUCCCACACCGGGAGAAGAAUAAGAAACCGCAAAAAGGCGGGCUGCGCUUCAGCCACAAUACCGGGUCCAUUCUCAGCAACAUCUUCACGGAGCAGAAAUAUCCUGAACCUGUGUACUUCCAAAGUGUUGAUUGUGUGGGAUUUCCCAACUUCCUAUCCAGCAGGGAAUGUCGGAAGAUCAUCGAUUUUGCAGAGGCACAAGGAUUCUCGGUGCAGAAGAGGCAUCGGCUCCUCAACAUGAUGUGGACAGAUGUGGUUGACCCCUUCUUUGCAGAAGCCCUCUGGCAGAUGUGCGGCCUUGGCUGGGUGUUGCGCAACUUAGGCAUUGACGGGGAGGUGCCUUGUGGACUCAAUGACGUCAUCCGGAUUCAGAAGUUCACUAAGGGCGGGCUCUUUGGGCGUCACACCGAUCAGCCCGUCACUCGCGCAGAUGGAAGGACAUCCAAAUAUUCGCUGCGCAUUUUUCUGAAUGGAAAGGAGGAGAAAGACUUCGAGGGUGGUUACAGCGCCUUCCAUGGCAUUUGCAGUCCUCAGCCGGUCCUCGUUGAACCUGAGACAGGCCUGGGGCUGCUGUACCCCCAAGGAGAAUAUUGUGCACUUCAAGAGGAGAUGGAGGUAGUGGCUGGGUGCAAGUACGUCCUGCGGGCCGAUGUAUUGUUCCAAAGGGCCAAGGAUUGUGUGUCACCCCAUAUUCCUUUUCACCAUCCAUCACCUUCUUGUGGAGGAUGAUGGGGGCUUAUAGUUGCCGAAUCCGAAUCGACGAUGAUUGGGUCAAAACGGCCCGAUCCUUUCCGCAACAAAGAUCAAUGCAGCGAAUGGAAAGAAA